GACAUCGAACCUGCGGCAUGGCGAAGGCAGCAGCAUAUAUUGAAGUGCGGCAUGGCGAAGGCAGCAGCAUAUCAUGAAGGCUAGGAUGAUGGCUCAGAAGCAUAGAUGAACCAGCAGAAACAUCAUGACGAUCGGGUCUUAGCAAGAAAUACCUGCAUUACGCACUUUUGUUCGAUAUCUGACGGAGCUUGAACAGGAACGUGCGUGCUUGAGUAAAUUAGCCUUCACAUUUAAAAAGGCAGGUGAAAUAUGCCAGGAUAGCAUUCAAACUCUUGCCACAUAUCGCCGUCGUACAACAAUGAGCAAGAGCGAAGAAACGAACCUGCACAGUUUGAGAACGAUGGAUCCAACAGAUUACCAAGUCUCCAUGCAGGCCCUUGACAGACAGCUGAAGGAAAAUUUCACUCUGCUGUACAUGAUCAAGCCAGGAAACUAUUUGCAAUCGAAACUCAGGAUGCAGGCCCUGUACCGCGAUGGCUUUGUCUCUGCCCUGUUUCAUGAAGAGAGUAUAAAGGCACUGUACGCCAUUCGAGGAAUACAAUUCAUCUCCUUCACCGUCGGUUGGUAUCUGGUCACCAGGACCUACCUAAAUUCGUUGACUUACCGUUAUCAUGAGCACCGGAUAGUCAAGGUGGAAACGUUUGUAGUGCAAACGGAUUAUCAACGACAACCCACUGCGAUAGAUUUCAGUCUAGCCAGCUGCAGCUGGAAGACCAAUCUCCUGUUUGUGAUUGACGU